CAUAGUUAAAAAAAAAUAAAACCAAUGCAACGCCCUUUCAUAAAGCAAAGCCAGGCCAAAGAGGCCAUUCGGCUAUCUUCGGUUUUGACCGUGAACAGUCGUGAGCGCACGACAAGUUUGUACUGUGGAUUCGCGUACACAACCUAUAUUGUGGAAACUUCUUUGUCAGAAUGCUCCAAAAAGCAAGAGUUUAUGGCAUUUCAGACCGUCAUGAACCGGGAAUUUCCGUACUUACCUGGCAGGUACCAGGUAGAUACGAAGUGCACUGUGGCUUGGUCAUUUCUGUUGGAAACGUACAACCGUGAGCAUUUUUUAAAUAUCAACAUGAGUGCUCCAAAACGAAGUGGAGUUUCAUGCUCUUACAAAAAUUGUACAGCAAGAUUCAAUCGAGGAGGGGAAGGAGUACAUUUUUUUAGAUUUCUUAAGAAUGGAGACUUAUGCAAGCUCUGGCUUCAGGCAUGUGGUAGAGAAGAUCUUCCGUCUUUGGAAUAUCAACACUACCACAAGACCUGCAGAGUAUGUAGUAACCAUUUCGAAAAUAGAAUGUACAUGGGUCCUUCCAAGUCCAGGUUAUUACCAACAGCAGUUCCAAAGCAGAUUGAGUCUGAUACAAAUAUUCAAGAAGAGAGCGGUAAUAAUCCUGAGUUUCAGCCUCCAGCAAAAAUUCGUUUUAUGCCUUCAUGCAGAAAGCUGAUAAAGCUUCUCCUAGACAUGUUGAUUAGACAUGUUGCUGGUAACGACAACGUCGUGGCAGAUUCUCUGUCUCGUAUAGAUUCUCUUCGCCUUCCGGUUGAGGUCGAUCUUAAUGAGCUUGCGAAGCAGCAGCAAGCCGAUUCACAGCUUCAGUUGAUUCGUAACUCUCCUGACCACCCGUUGAAGAUUAAAGCGAUCCAGUGGGGUUCUAACCACACUACGAUCUUUUGUGAGAUCACUGGCGAGGCCAUUCGCCCGUAUAUACCGGCAGGUCUCCGUGAAACCGUCUUUGGUAUGUUUCAUCGCCCAGCGCAUCCAAGUGCCAGAGUCACCGAUCGCAUGAUUCGCCAGCGAUAUGUGUGGCCUGACAUGCACCGCGACAUUGCAAGUUGGUGCAAAAGCUGUAUUGAUUGUCAGCAGUCUAAGGUCUCUCGUCAUGUGAGACAAAUUCCUCAGCAUUUCGUUGCUCCCGAUGGUCGUUUUGAUCAUGUCCACAUGGACAUUGUUGGACCCCUGCCUCCGCAGGAUGGUUACAUAUAUUGCCUGACGAUGGUGGACAGAUUUUCCCGUUGGGUCGAGGCGGUGCCCUUGCGAGAGGCAUCCGCACAAUCUGUUGCGAGAGCAUUCUUCGACACGUGGAUCUCACGUUAUGGAGCCCCGAAAAUUUUGACUACCGAUCAAGGUGUCCAAUUUGAAUCCAGGCUCUUUUCGGCUCUCCUCUCUUUAAUUGGUUGUGAGCGCAUUCGUACAACACCUUAUCACCCCGCAUCCAAUGGCCUUGUGGAGCGGUGGCAUCGUGUGUUUAAAGCUGCAAUUAUGUGUCAUCCCGACACGAACUGGACUCGAACUCUUUCCACGGUCCUUCUUGGACUCAGAUCUCAGAUUCCUACUUUAUCAAUUGAUGGAAAACAAGCUCACUACUGCUUUUCAUAUAGAGUUUUAUUAAUUGUCAAUUAUUAUAAAUUUGUAACUACGCUGUACAUUUAACUGGUCCUAAUGCACUUGACACGGCUUAGAACGCUCAACAACGGUUUUGAAUUCUCUGAUGAGAACACCCACGAACGGAAUACGAAGUUUCUCAAAACACAAAGCUACCGCUUCAAACGUCCCCACGAGAAUGGAAAAACUUCCAUCCGGAACGGGAAAACGACGCUUUUCCCGGAAGUAGAUGUCGCGGUAAAUUUAUCGGAAGUGUACGCUUCGGCGAGACGGUCGACCAUCAGCAGAGGUCGCCACACUACCCCCUUCUGUGGCGGCACCUACUUCCGGUGGGCCGUCCCGUCGAAAAGUGCACUUCCGGCUGCCGCGGCGCACUCUGUAACGCUAGAAAACGCGGGAAAAGGCAUUUUCCCUCUCCCACGCCAACGCUUGGCGUGAGGCAUUCGUUUCCUCGACCGACCACGGAAAGGUCGAGACGCCCGUCCAUGGUUUAAGUUUAUGUGUGUCCAAAGCAAAAGGAUUACUGUACAUUAUAGAUAGACGAAUUAUAUGUAAGACUGACUAGUUAAAAUAAAAGAUCGGGAUUUAUAUUUUUUGUGAAAGUUUUAGUGGUGUCGAGACUUUCUUUUUCCCCUUCAUGAGAAUCGCCCGUUGGUACUGUAGGGACCGCGCCUUACC